AUGGACAACGAGGAAGUAUUUGCUCUCCCAGAUCAUUUGGUUGACCAUGACUACUUCCUGCCAGUUGUAUAUGAAGAUGAUCAUAUACUGCGUGAAGAAGAAGUAGAGGAAUUGGUAGAAGAAGAAGAAGUAGAAGAAUUGGACGAAGAAGAGGAAGAGGAACCAAUGGUCAGAGUGUCGGAAACAUACAGAUUGAUUCCUAGGGUUCAUAACCGAUCGAGGAUAUAUGUUGACAACUUGGGAUUCAAGUAUUACAAACUAGAAACUAAAGGACAACGCGUGUAUUUAGUAUGCGAACGGCAGAAGCAACGGAACCAGUACUGCCCUUCCACUGCAACUGUUAGUGCAAAUUUGAACGACAACAGAAUUCGUCUAGGGUUCUACCACGACCAUCCGCCCAGAGUGAUCGACCUGAAUGUGCCGUUUUUGAGGGAAACCAUAGGUGAAAGAGGAAUUGAUCCAGCAGUUACAACAUUAUUUAUGAGAACUUUGUACAACAACGAAAUUAUCAACCAUCCAGAAGCAGCUCCUAACUACACAUUUAUUUAG